UCUGUGUUUCUGCGCGCAAUUACGCGCCGCUCGUGACGCGCGGUGACGCACGCGAAAACCUGAAUGAAACCGUCAGGGAUCAAACUGGUUGUAUUCUGACCCUGAAACUAAACACGGUUUCAUCGAAAUAUCUAAGUUUAAUCCAGCUCGAACUGCUGUGAGAGAGCGUCGCUCGGUCACGAGUGUGGUUACGUCUGACUGGCUCUCUGUAGUGACUGAUGCACCGUUACCGGCGCGCCCCGUGAUUCUCCAUCAUCUCCAUCAUGUCAGAUCAGCCCUCAUCUCCUCCAGCCGGACACAAGCCCACCCUCCGGGCGCCGGGGUCCUCUCAGAGCCGCUUCCAGGUGGAUCCGGUGGCGGAGGCGGCGGCGGCGGCAGCAGCGGCGGGCGUCGCUCCUAAAACCCCGCCGGGAUCGCGCUCCUCCACCGGUGAGGAGUCCAAGAGCCGGUUCCGGGUGGUGAACUUCUUAAGCCCGUCUGACGCCGCGCCUGACGCGGGAUUGAACGGAGACACGGUGAGGAGCGAGGCGAGCCUGCACUCGUCCACCGGGGGUCUCAGUCACUUCUCGGACACGCACUCCAGCACGUAUUACCUGCGCACAUUCGGGCACAACACCAUCGACGCGGUGCCCAACAUCGACUUCUACCGGCAGACCGCGGCUCCGCUCGGGGAGAAGCUCGUGCGCCCGUCGCUGUCGGAGCUCCACGAUGAACUCGACAAGGAGCCGUUUGAGGAGGGGUUCCCCAACGGAGAGGAGCUCACGGCCGCCGAGAUCAUCACAGCCAAAGAACUGUCCGAUUCAAAGGGAGGCACGGUGAAGUUCGGCUGGGUCAAAGGAGUGCUGAUACGAUGCAUGCUGAACAUCUGGGGAGUGAUGCUGUUCAUCAGGAUGUCGUGGAUCGUGGGUCAGGCGGGCAUCGCUCUGUCCUGUGCCAUCGUUCUCAUGGCUAUCGUGGUGACGUCUAUCACUGGACUCUCAACAUCAGCUAUUGCCACCAACGGCUUCGUGCGUGGAGGCGGGGCAUAUUACCUGAUCUCCAGGAGUUUGGGUCCAGAGUUUGGAGGAUCCAUUGGUCUGAUCUUUGCCUUUGCCAAUGCUGUCGCUGUGGCCAUGUAUGUCGUAGGUUUUGCAGAAACCGUCGUUGAGCUUCUGGAUAGUAUAGACGCUCUCAUGACGGAUGAGAUCAAUGACAUCAGGAUCGUCGGCACGCUCACCGCCGUCUUACUGCUGGGCAUCUCUGUCGCUGGAAUGGAGUGGGAGGCAAAAGCCCAGAUUGUGUUAAUGGUGAUUCUUGUGGCGGCUAUUUGCAACUACUUCAUCGGAUCCUUCAUCCCUUUGAAGUCGAAGGAGCCUCAAGGCUUCUUCGGUUAUAACGCUGCCAUAAUGAUGGAGAACAUGGGUCCAGACUUCAGAGAUGACGAAACCUUCUUCUCCGUCUUUGCCAUCUUCUUCCCGGCCGCCACAGGAAUCCUAGCGGGAGCCAAUAUAUCAGGAGACCUGGCGGAUCCACAGUUAGCGAUUCCGAAAGGAACUCUCCUGGCGAUCCUCAUAACUGGAGUGGUUUACAUCGCUGUUGCCAUCUCGAACGGCUCUUGUAUCGUGCGGGACGCCACAGGCGAUGAUAAUGACACCAUGGUGGGCUCGCUGGAGAACUGCACCGACGCCGCCUGCACGCUGGGAUACGACUUCUCCAUCUGUAAAGAGGGCGGCUGCAAGUACGGCCUUCAGAACGACUUCCAGGUGAUGAGUUUGGUGUCUGGCUUCGGGCCGCUCAUCACAGCUGGGAUAUUCUCGGCCACUCUCUCAUCAGCGCUUGCUUCUCUGGUCAGCGCUCCCAAAGUCUUCCAGGCCUUGUGUAAGGAUAGAAUCUACCCUGGAAUGCAUGUGUUUGCCAAAGGAUACGGGAAGAACAAAGAGCCUCUGCGCGCUUAUGUCCUCACCUUCAUCAUCGGCCUGGCCUUCAUCCUGAUCGCUCAGUUGAACGUCAUCGCUCCCAUCAUUUCCAACUUCUUCUUGGCUUCUUACGCCUUGAUAAAUUUCUCUGUUUUCCACGCGUCGCUGGCGAACUCCCCAGGAUGGCGUCCGAGCUUCAAAUACUACAACAAGUGGGUGUCGUUAGCCGGAGCCGUGCUGUGCUGCGUGGUGAUGUUUGUGAUCAACUGGUGGGCAGCGCUGCUCACAAACGGCAUCGUCCUGGCGCUCUACAUCUACGUCAGCUACAAGAAACCAGAUGUGAACUGGGGUUCGUCGACACAAGCGCUGAUGUACAAUAAGGCACUAACACAUAGUCUGCAUCUCACCGGGGUUGAGGACCAUAUCAAGAACUUCAGGCCUCAGUGUCUUGUAAUGUCUGGAUACCCAAACUCAAGACCAGCGCUGCUGUAUCUAGUGCACGCCUUCACCAAAAACGUGGGUUUGAUGGUCUGUGGACACGUACGCACGGGAUUCCGUAGGCCGAACUCGAAGGAUAUGAUGAACGAGCAGGUCCGCUAUCAGCGCUGGCUCCUGAAGACACGAAUCAAAGCCUUUUACACUCCUGUGUUUGCUGAUGAUCUCAGACAAGGAGCUCAGUAUCUCCUGCAGGUCAGAACAAAGAGCCCAUGUAAUGACCUCAAUCAGAACGCCUUUAAAUCUAAGAACAGACAUAGAUGUGAGACAGAUCUGUGUGGAUGUGAAUAG